GGGGGGGAGUACACCAGCGUAACACACUCACUCCAUCUCUCCUCUCCUGCACAGACAAGCAAACAAGGACACCGCUCCCGUCGUCAUUUGCCAGCCUUCUCUUCUCCUGUGUGUGUGUCAUUUCUUCCCAUCUCCAUCUUCUGCCUACCGGGAGUUUGAGGUCCUGCGUAGCCGAGGCAGGCGUGUGAGAGGCGGCUGCUGUGGGCUAUACGCCGCGAUAGGAGCAUCAUCCCUGCAGCCUUCAACACGAUGGACAGAAUGACAUUUCUCUCCUUCCUCUUCCUUUGCUUGACUUCGGUUGCCAGUGGCAACAAAGCCAAUAAACACAAGCCAUGGAUCGAGACCGAGUACCAGGGAAUCGUUAUGGAGAACGACAACACCGUGCUCCUCAACCCGCCGCUCUUCGCCCUGGAUAAAGACGCUCCUCUGCACUACGCCGGUGAAAUUUGUGGCUUCAGGGUCCAUAAUGGCCCCUCAGGCUCAGGUUCUGUCCAGUUUGAGGCAGUGGUCCUGGACCGCUCCACUGGCGAAGGUCUGGUCCGCUCCAAGGAGCCGCUGGACUGCGAGAGCCAGCGGGAGCACAGCUUCACCAUCCAGGCCUACGAUUGCGGCGAAGGUCCUGAUGGAGUGAACAGCAAGAAAUCCCACAAGGCCACUGUGCACGUACGUGUCAAUGACGUCAACGAGUUCUCUCCCGUGUUUGUGGAGCGUCGCUACGAGGCGUCGGUCCCCGAGGGACGUCUCUUCGACCGCAUCGUACGAGUGGAGGCUCUGGAUGCUGACUGCUCGCCACAGUACAGCCAGAUCUGCUUCUAUGACAUCUUUACUCCCAAUGUGCCCUUUGCGAUUGACAAUGACGGCAACAUUAAGAACACUGAGCCAUUGGACUCUAAACGUCAGCGCGUUUAUACCUUCUGGGUGACGGCUUUCGACUGCGGAAAGAACCGCGCUCAAGCUGAUGCGCAGGUCGUCGUCACGGUCAAGCCGUCCUGCAAACCGGGCUGGAUGGGUUGGACUAAGCGAGUGGAGUAUACACCUGGAUCAGGUAGCAUCCCGCUCUUCCCCAGCUUGCAUUUGGAGACGUGUGAGGAGACCGUGUGGAACAUCCAGGCCACCGUAGAGCUUCAGACGGGCCACAUCGGCAAAGGCUGUGAUCGAGACAGCUACUCUGACAGAUCUGUGCGACGACUUUGUGGUGCUGUUCGGGGCGAGGUGGACCUUCUCCCGCCUCCGUCACCCGCUGCCAACUGGACGUCAGCUCUUCCCACGCUGCCCUCCUCGGAUUCCUCCCUGGUCUUCUCCUUUAACGCCUCAAACCACGUGGCUGUUGUGCCCGACUCGGUCGUCUCUGGGCUGUCUGGCGACCAUUUCACUCUGCAGCUGUGGAUGCGCAGGUGGGGAACCAACGUCCAGCCCGUGGCCGCUCAGCCUAAAGGGAGUCGCAAGGAGGAAGAGACCAUUGUGUGUGGCACUGUCAAGAAUGACGACUCGUUCUCCCACUAUUCCCUGUCAGUGCACGGCUGCCGCCUCUCUCUUUUCUACUGGCCCGACGUUUCCGCCGCACGCCCCGUCAAGUUCUUGUGGAAACUGGAGCAGGUAUGUGACAGCGAGUGGCACCAUCUGUCACUUAGUGUUCAGUUCCCUUCGGUGACCCUGUAUGUGGACGGUGUGACCUUUGACCCUGCCCUCAUCCACGACAAUGGCGCCCUGCCCAACCCGGUCCCCCGCCAGAGAAUGCUUAUUGGCGCCUGCUGGGAGUCAGAGGAGAAGCAGAAGGAAAUAGUGAACAACAGCAUUCCAGAAGUGAAGUAUGUGGGAGGCUUCCACGGCCUCUUGUCGGGGGUGACGGUGCGUCCAGGCAGCGUGGAGCCUCACAGCGUGGUGGAGUGUCUCUACGCCUGCAGAGAGGGGCUGGACUUUGGAGACCUCGAGACUUUGGGUUCCGGAAUGAAGGUGCACGUGAACCCGAGCCAGUCCGUGUUGGUGCUGGAGGGGGAUGACAUUGAGAGUUUUAACCGUGCCGUGCAGCAGGUGACCUACAGAAACUCCCUCCGCUUCGCCACGCCGGGAGUGCGACCCCUCAAACUCACCACCUCACUCAGAUGUUUCAACGAGGAGAGCUGUCUGUCCCUCAAACCCCUGGAAGGGUACCUGGUGGUCCUCCAGCCCGAUGCGCCACAGAUCUCCCUCUCCGGGGUCGGCCCCCACCUGGCUCGCCCUGCUCCCGAGUUCGAAGGUCCCCGGGGCGUCCCCCUUUUCCCCGAGCUGCGCAUCGUCUGUUCUCUCACUCACGCCAUCAACACGGCUGCACAGGGGAUGGAAGGCGGCGCGCUGAUGUCAGACGCCGUGGCCCACACUUUGGAUGGCUGUGAGGUCCAACCUUUGGGGGAGGAGCUUGACCCAGAGAGGGAGGAGCUUCUGGUGGAGAUGGACGUCGUCCGAGAGCGGGGCUUGGAAAUCAUCAAUACUACCGCCUACAUUGCCAUCACAGGUGCCGAAUCCAUCUCUGUGUAUGAGGACGUCCUUCGCUCGGUCCGCUACCGACUGUCCAGAAGCUCGUCCCGCUUCGAGAGACGGUUCCGUCUGUCCUGCUCUGAGAUGAACGGCAGAUACACCAGCAAUGAGUUGACUCUGGAGGUGAACUUCCUCCACUCCUUGGACAGCAUGUACCAUCCGUCCCACCUGAUGGCCUCCCAGCAACAGUUUCUCCACCAACAUGCAGGCGAGCUGAGUGGCCACGCUCUGCCCAGCCAACAUCGCAACACAGUGGUACCAGGGGCCGCCACCGUCAUCAUCAUGGUGUGUGUGGGCUUCCUGGUCGUCAUGGUGAUCCUCGGCGUUUUCCGAAUCCGCUCCAUCCAUCGCCGCAGCGAGGAGGCCCGGGAAGCGGCGAAGGAGGGAGGCUGCCAGUGGGACGACUCCGCCCUCACCAUCAUCGUCAAUCCCAUGGAGUCGUACGAGUCUCGCAUGGGCAUCUCUGCGGACACGGAGGGAGAAGGCGAGGAGGAGGAGGAGGAGGAGGAUGAGGUGGCAGACUCGCCUGACAACACCAGCGACGACCAGCGGAUCAUCAUCAAGAAGGAGGGGAGAGACGGCAACGCCCGCCGCUACUGAGCUAGAUGUAAACCCUGCACCCCCUUGCCAUGGAAACCACUUUUAUGAUCAUGUAAGGAAUGUAUACACCAUGCACAACACAUCCAAUGUAAUAUCCCCAGCCACACACACCUCGCCAUACGUGACCUAUAGCCAACGACGGGGCGCUUCUUCUCCACUUAAAUGUUCAGUGGCACAAUGUACACAGUCACUGUCAAAUAAUGUACACACUCAAUGUCAAAUAAUGUACACACUCAAUGUCAAAUAAUGUACACAGUCAAUGUCCAAUAAUGCUGUCAGCCACCUAAAUGAUUUGUGGUGCAUUCCAAUGAUGACGUGUGUGUAUAGCGCCAUGCUGGAUGAAUGAGGCUGCCUUCUUUUCUUUUAAAGGGGAACAUCAUCACAAGUUCAGAAAGGGUUAAUAACAACACAAAUCACUUCCCAGUGGCUUAUUUUAUUUUUCAAAGUUUAUUGCAAAAUUUUACCCAUCAUGCAAUAUCCCGAAAAACUGCUUCAAAGUGCCUGAUUUUCACCAUCGCUGUAUCCAGCCGUCCAUUUUCCUGUGACGUCACUGCGUGAAGCCAAUACAAACAAACAUGGCGGAUAGAACAGAAUGGUAUAGCGACAUUAGCUCGGAUUCAGACUCGGAUAUCAGCUCCUUAAGCGAUUCAACAGAUUACGCGUGUAUUGAAACGGAUGGUUGGGGUGUGGAGGCAGAUAGCGAAAAGGAAGAAGAAACUGAAGCUAUUGAGCCAUAUCACGACAGACAACGGCAACGAGGACGAAUUCGGCGAUCGCCUUCUAACCAACGGUUGCAUCUUUUGACAACUGGUGCAACUUAAAUCUGUCGAUUGGUAAGUGUUUGUUUGGCAUUGAAUGUGGGUGGAGGGAAAGGCUGGAUGCAAAUAUAGCUACAAAUGUACACAUACAGCUAGCAUAAAUAGCAUGUUAGCAUCGAUUAGCUUGCAGUCAUGCCGUGCGAAAAUAUGUCUGAUUAGCUCAUAAGUCAAUAACAUCAACAAAACUCACCUUUGUGAUUUCGUUGACUUUAUUGAGUGUCGAGGGAUAUCCACACAUCUCUGUCGUAGCAUCGCUAUCUUCGGUAGCGAUGCUACGACUGAACAGAACAAACGAGGGACUUUCGCAUCUUUUGACACUGGUGCAACUUCACUCCGUCGAUUGGUAUGUGUUUGUUUGGCUUUAAAUGUGGGUGGAGGGAAAGGCUGGAUGCAAAUAUAGCUACAAAUGAGGCAUAAUGAUGCAGUAUGUUAUGCCUAAAUAGCAUGUUAGCAUCGAUUAGUUUGCAGUCAUGCCGUGUGCAAAUAUGUCUGAUUAGCUCAUAAGUCAAUAACAUCAACAAAACUCACCUUUGUGAUUUCGUUGACUUUAUCGUUGGAAAUGCAUCUGCUUUGAGUGUCGCGGGAUAUCCACACAUCUCUGUCGUAGCAUCGCUAUCUUCGGUAGCGAUGCUACGACAGAACAGAACAAACGAGGGACUUUUGCAUCUUUUGACCCAUGUGCAACUGGGAUCCGUCGAUUGGUAUGUGUUUGUUUGGCAUUAAAUGUGGGUGGAGGGGAAGGCUGGAUGCAAAUAUAGCUACAAAUGAGGCAUAAUGAUGCAAUAUGUUAUGCCUAAAUAGCAUGUUAGCAUCGAUUAGCUUGCAGUCAUGCCGUGUGCAAAUAUGUCUGAUUAGCUCAUAAGUCAAUAACAACAACAAAACUCACCUUUGUGAUUUCCUCUACUUUAUCGUUGGAAAUGCAUCUGCUUUGAGUGUCGCAGGAUAUCCACACAUCUCUGUCGUAGCAUCGCUAUCUUCGGUAGCGAUGCCACCACAGAACAGAACAAAUGAGGGACUUUUGCAUCUUUUGACCACUGGUGCAACUUCAAUGUGUCGAUUGGUAUGUGUUUGUUUGGCAUUAAAUGUGGGUGGAGGGAAAGGCCGGAUGCAAAUAUAGCUACAAAUGAGGCAUAAUGAUGCAAUAUGUUAUGCCUAAAUAGCAUGUUAGCAUCGAUUAGUUUGCAGUCAUGCCGUGUGCAAAUAUGUCUGAUUAGCACAUAAGUCAAUAACAUCAACAAAACUCACCUUUGUGAUCUCGUUGACUUUAUCGUUGGAAAUGCAUCUGUUUUGAGUGUCGCAAGAUAUCCACACAUCUCUGUCGUAGCAUCACUAUCUUCGGUAGCGAUGCUACGCCAGAACAGAACAAACGAGGGACUUUCGCAUCUUUUGACCACUGGUGCAACUUGAAUCCGUUGAUUGGUAUGUGUUUGUUUGGCAUUAAAUGUGGGUGGAGGGAAAGGCUGGAUGCAAAUAUAGCUGCAUAAUGAUGCAAUAUGUACAUACAGCUAGCCUAAAUAGCAUGUUAGCAUCGAUUAGCAUGCCGUGACCAUUGAUAUGUCUGAUUAGCACACUCCACGUGAGUCAACUUGAAUCCAUCUCUGUUGGUGUUGUUACACCUCCGACAACACACCGACGAGGCAUGAUGUCUCCAAGGUACGGAAAACAGUCGAAAAAACGGAAAAUAACAGAGCUGAUUUAACUUGGUGUGUGUAAUGUGUUUGAGAAAAUGGCGGAUUGCUUCCUGUUGUGAUGUCACAGGUGAAAGGUCAUUGCUCCGACAGCGAACAAUUGAAAGGCGUUUCAAUCGCCAAAUUCACCCUUUUAGAGUUCGGAAAUCGGUUAAAAAAAUAUAUAUAUAUUUUUUCUGCAUCAUCAAGGUAUAUAUUGACGCUCACAUAGUUCUGCUGAUAAUGUUCCCCUUUAAGAUUGUAUUGUAUUUGGUUAUCGACCACACAAUUUCAAUAGUUGCUGUCCACAUGCAGACAAUGACUUACAAAGUCAGCGCACAAGCUGUCUCGUCCCUCCUUGCGAUCUCGCUCCACACAUUCCGUACCAAACUUAGGUUUUGUAAAGCCGUCAUCAACAAAGAAGAAGUAGCGCCGUGUUGAAAGACAGAAAAAGGAUCAAUGCAUAAAUUUACAAGAAUGAAGUAGUAUGAAAAAACAGUAAAAUGCUAUUAAAAAAAACUUGUAUGAGGGGAAAAAAGUAGUAUUUUUAAAAAGUGAUCAUGCAUUCUUAUGGUUUACUUUUUAUUCACAGAACAUACUUGGUAUGUAUACUUAAAUAUUACAAUUUAAUUCAGGUAACAAUGCCAUUAUUCUUGUAAUUGUAGUAAAACAACUAUAUUCUCAUUAAGUUGCAACCUUUUUGAUACUAUUAUGACUUUACAGUCAUAACAUGACAACUUUAUCCCUGUAAGAUUGCAAGUUUUUCCUCUCAAUGUUGACUUUAUUCUACAAACAUGACAAUAUUAUGCUUGUAAUAUUACAAAUUAAUUUUGAUAACAUUCUAAUUUUCCUAAGUUUUCUCAGAAAAAAAAGACUACUCACUCAACGACAUUGUCCUUCUUUCUUGUAACAUCGCAUGCUUUUUCUCUUAAUGUUGCAACAGUAUUCUCAUAAUUUAACUUAAUUCACAGAACAUUAGCGCAUUAUUGUUUGUUUUUUUCCUAGGAAAUACAUUCUAAUAAUAUUCCUGACUUCAACAUUCUUAGAACUAUGUUUUUAUUUUUAUAAAUUUCCCACUUAUUGAUGGAACAUUCCUACUUUUUAUUGAAAUGAUUGAGGUGUUAUUCUCGCAAUAAUGUUACUUUAUUCUCCAAAAAAUGUGGCUACAUUCUCGUAAAUGUUGGACUUAAUUCAAAUGUUACGACUUCUCUCUCAGCAAAAUAUGGCUGGUCAUGUAACAUUACAACUUUAAAAAAAUAUGGAUGUAUAUAUUACGACUUAAUGCUGGUAACAUGGCAACAUUUUAUUCUUUAUUAACAAUUUUUUGUAACAUUGACUUUAUUUUCAUAUAGCACGACAACUUAAUUUUCAUUAUGUUGCAGAUUUUUUUCUCUGAAAAUGUGUACAUCGCAUAAUUUAAUUUAAUUUUACAAUGUCAUGAAAAUUUUACAAUUGUAACAUUACGACUUUUUUUUCUCAUUAUUUGACUGAAUUCUUAUGACUUCUCUCUCCACAAAAUAUGGCUGGUAAUGUAAAAUUACAACUUAAAAAAAAAAAUAUAUAUAUAUAUAUAUAUAUAUAUAUAUAUUACGACUUAAUGCUGGUAACAUGGCAACAUUUUAUUCUUUAUAAACAAUUUUUUGUAUCAUUAUGACUUUAUUUUCAUAUAGCACGACAACUUAAUUUUCAUUAUGUCGCAGAUUUUUUUCUCUGAAAAUGUGUACAUAGCAUAAUUUAAUUUAAUUUUACAAUGUCAUGAAAAUUUUACAAUUGUAACAUUACGACUUUUUUUUCUCAUUAUUUGACUGAGUUCUUAUGACUUCUCUCUCCGCACAAUAUGGGCUGGUCAUGUAACAUUACAACUUUAAAAAAAUACAUAUAUACUCUAUAUAUAUUACGACUUAAUGCUGGUAACAUGGUAACAUUUUAUUCUUUAUAAACAUUUUUUUGUAACAUUAUGACUUUAUUUUCAUAUAGCACGACAACUUGAUUUUCAUUAUGUCACAGGGUUUUUUUCUCUGAAAAUGUGCACAUCACAUGACUUAAUUUAAUAUUAGAAUGUCAUAAAAAUUUUACUAUUGUGACAUUGCCUUUUUUUCUCAUUAUUUAACUGAAUUCUUAUAAUACUUCAUUGUCAUAACAUGCAACUUUGUCUGCGUAACAUCCUAAUGUUUUUUCCCAUACAUCACAGCUUAUUAUAAUGCAUACGCAUCCAAACUGGUCCUUCUGCGAUACUCUUGGUGCAUUUGGCGCCUGGUUACUGUCUUUAAUAAAACUGCUUGACUUGAGCUCUAAUGCAUCUUACACUGACCUGUAGAAUGUCUCCAAAAAACACACAUACGCCACAACACUACCCCCGCUGUCCCCGGAAUGUCCGCUCAGCUUGGGCAGUUUUGAUUGUAUUUAUGUACUGAAUUUUAUGUACAUACGAUGAUAAAUACUAUAAUCAUUUAAUUAUCAUUAUAAAUCGAUAACAUUGCAGCAGCCACUUUUUCAGCACAUUUCGAGAGGGAGAUGAUUAAGUCAUUUCCUUUUUUUUUGUGUUAAUUCCAGCAUCAAAGAAAUAAGUAGGAAUAUGAUACUAAAUAGUAGUAGUGGUAAGGAUGAUAACUCCUGGCUUGAUGAGUGUCUCCUACUUUUGUGUGUGAUAAUGUUGUAAUUAAAAGAAAAAAAAACACAGAAAGGCACAUUUGUUGUGAUACCUGCAACUUUAGAUAAAUGUCUCAUCUUUUGCACUCUUUUCACCUUUACAACCGACUUUCUACGUUCUUUCUUCUACCCGAUAUUUGGGUUCAGUGAAUGUGACUCCCCAACUGUCCCCCCGUCCCGUGUCUCUUGCUGUCCGUCCGUGUAGCCUAUCAAUGUGCAGUGCUAAAAUCCUGUCAGUAAAUAAAUGAAAAAGCCUGUUUUUUUUUUUUUUGGGAGUGUGAUGUUACAAAGGAGUACACAUUGCAUUGAAUAACUUAUAUAAUGAUAUUAUUGUCACUCCUGGAAGAAUAUGACCUGCAAUUACUGGUGCAGUUUAAGGACAUGGAUUGUGCCCAAGAGAGACCACUGUCAACAAAAUUCAUAAUAAAAUCAAUAAAUGACA